AUGUCUGUUGAACAAUGCUUCAAUCAUGAUGCCAAAUAUGACUUGCAUAGAAAUGUUGCAGAUUUUCAACCUAGUGUUUGGGGAAAUUAUUUCCUUCAAUAUGCUUCUGAUUCUGAAUAUGUGGAACUUGAUGAAAAUAUUGAGGCAGAAAUCAAAACUUUAAAAUAUGACGUGAGAAAGAUGCUUGUUGCAAAGAGUGAGAAGCCCUCUCCAUAUGCCGCUUGGGUGUUAGCUAUUACUUUGAAGAUGAAAUUGAAGAGAAUUUGGAAUAUAUUCACAGAAACUAUAUUGUUGAGGCAACAAGGACUUCACGUUUCCCCAAAUGUGUUCAAUAAAUACAUGGAUGACAAAGGAAAUUUUAGUGAAACACUUAUCAAUGAUGUUGAGGGAAUGUUAAGCUUAUAUGAAGCCACUCAUUUGAUGAUUCAUGGAGAGGACAUUUUGGAAGAGGCUUUGGCUUUUACUACAACUCAUCUUGAGUCCAUUGCUAACCAAUCAAGUCAUUCUCAUGCCAUACAAGUCAAACAUAGCUUAAGGCAAGCUAUUCAUAAGAAUAUACCUAGACUUGAAGCAAGAAGAUUCAUUUCCAUAUAUGAGCAAGAUCCUUUCCAUAUUGAAAAUUUACUUCUUUUCGCAAAAUUAAAUUUCAAUAUGCUACAAAGUCUACAUAAAAAGGAAUUUGGUAUUCUUUGCAAGUGGUGGAAUGAUUUGGAUGUCCAUAAUAAACUACCAUAUGCAAGAGAUCGGUUGACAGAAAGUUGUUUUUGGGCUUUGACAAUCUAUUUUGAACCUCAAUAUUCUACCAUAAGAAAAAUCAUGAUGAAGUUAAUUACCGCAUUGACAAUUAUUGAUGAUACAUAUGAUGCAUACAGAACAAUCGAUGAAUUAGAACUUUUUACUAAGGCAAUUGAAAGAUGGGAUAUUUGUGGUUUGGAUAACCUUCCGGACUACAUGAAGUUUCUCUAUAGAAUUUUAUUUGAUCUUAACAAAGAAAUAGAGGAAGAAGCGAUAAAGGAAGGAAUAGUGUAUGCAAUGAACUACUACAAAAAUUUGAAGUAUGAUCUUUCAUCUUCUUUUUACUAA